AUGUCAAUAAAACAUGUAGCAUUUGGCAGAGGCGGCGAUAAGAGAACGUUUCCGUCGUUUGUACAGCCCGAUAGAGUUGGUAACGAGAAUUUGCUGCCUGUGCUCUAUCAGGAUCCAAAGAUGGGACCAGGAAAAUACGAUAUUGAUAGACAAACGACAUUCGUCUCUAAUUUCAGCCCAAAUAUCCUCAGCCCAAAAGGAUACAUCAUCGGAGGACGAAAAAGCAAGCGCUUUGAGGAUCAAGUCGAAUCUGGUGUCCCACCAAAUUUCUAUUUUCGAAGAAUUCACGAUGAAAAAGUUUCCCGCGAUUCUUUCCUCCCUUUCAAUUCUCAAAAGGGACCGAGGUUUCAGAAAGAAAAGACAGUUCUUGGGCCAACGAUCGGGAGCUACAAUGUAACGGAGGACUUUGGCAGGCAGGUCAAGCAUUGGAGAAGAGCACCAGCGAGUAUGAAAGAAAAACGAAGAGUUCCUCUGAAUCCGACCCGAUCUAUUCUGAUCGAGGAGAAAGAGCACAAACGAUACUGCAGACGACUGGACUACCUUUCACUUUAUUUUUGA